UUCCCAGGAACUGCGCUUUGAUCGUCAAUUUUUUUUUCUCAAUUGAUGAAAAACUGUCCACAGAAAUGUCCGGUAUAGAUUCUUAUGAAACGCAAUUGUUAUUUGUAGCAUCCGCCUUCGUGAUGCGUAUCACGUUUCCGCGUUUCGCCAAAUAUACAGGAGUAGGGGGGAAAUGUGUCUAGCUAAGGAAGUUGAUUCAGUUCAUUCACGUUAUAGUAGUACCUUCGCAAACCUGUUUGUCGAUCCACCUCGAUCGCACGCGUUUUCCGCGCUUUCAGAAUACAUAUCCGCCGCGAGAGAAGGCACGAUACCUUGCGUGCGAUUUGAGCUGUGCGAUGCGCGCGCUCGUGUGUGUGUGCGAUACGGUGUGUCAAUUUAUUUAACCCUUUGAUUACCGAGGGCUGUUGUAGACACAUGUCGAAUGACGUGCGCGAUUUUGGAUCAUGGUACAUUAAAUGAAUUUGUAAAUUGAUUUCAAUAAUGUGUCACAUCGCGCUCUUCUUUUUUUUUUUCACGAGGAAUUUAACGUUGCUUCUUUAGCAAUGCGUGAAAUACAUCAAUCUCGCGACACCGUGAAAUGUGAGAAACAUUUAAACGGUCAAACGGAGUGACGUCCGAAAGUGAAAAUGCGUCAGAUAUGCCAUCAGUAUCACGGAGGCUAAAAGACUGUUUAAUGAAAUACGUAAUAAAAUCUUACUAAGAAAUUACGAGAAGACAAAUAAAAUACAGAAUUGAAAAAAAAAAAAAAUCAAAAUAUUGUGCGCGAAAAUCAAGUGGUCACCGACAGUGUUUUUUUUCCGACGGAUGCUAAAAGCGCAAAAAAACCGAUUCGAUAUGAAUUUACUGCUGAGAUCGAAGCCGUCGCGAUUUGCCGCGUUGAUAUCGUUUAUCAUAGUCAACGCUCGUUCGAGCGGCGCGGAAACGAGCGCGGAGUACCUUCGAAAUGUGAUGAUCGAGCUUCAGGAAUUAAAUAUGCCCGCCAAUAGCCCGACGAUGCACAACCGAAUGUCGACGAACUAUCACUCCGCAGAUUAUCAGGAUGACGACGUCCAAGACACGACGCGUCGUAAACUUAGCAUCAACAGUGCUCAUCAUCAGGAUGUUCAGCAGAAGCCGACCGCGAUCGCGCCUUUUGUCAAACAUGUGGACGUGAUUCCCGCCGCUGCGAAUAAUGUAUUGCAAUAUUACGCAGUGCGCGAUCCCGCCGCCGCGACCAGUUACCCAAAGGUGAAACAACCGGAGCCGGUGGCGUUUACGAGAGCGGAGCUGGCCGCUAUGUACAAAAAGGCCUUGGAAAAAGGGUCAGCGAUCAGCGUCGCGUCGUUGACGCAGGCACUCAACGCCGCGGGCAACGUCAACGCGCCGUCAUCACCGCAGAUCGGUCACCUUCAGCUGCCGCUUAAAUACCCGAUGUAUAACUAUUACUUCUUUCCGUUCAAGAGCUUCGCGUCCGAACUACAAAGGGAUCAACAGCAGGUCGCGGCCGUUCCGGUGUUCGCGGCCACGGAGACCGCAGAGAGCACUCACAAGCAGCUGAUGAAUCCGCUCUUCGUGGCGAUCGGCACGUUCAUCAGCAUGGCGCUUUUGUUUAUGAUGGGUGUGCUGUUUUUACCGAAGCUCCCGCACUUUGAGCUUUUUAACGCGCGAAAGGCCGACAACGACGACCUACAGCGUCUGACGAAUUUUGUGCUGAACGCCAUAGACGCGCGCAAUCGUUGGAGAAAAGCGAGCUAGUUGAGACUACGCGCGACGCAAUCGGAAUUAAAAUUAUUAUCUCACAGAUUUACAAUAUUGUGGAUAAUUUUCAAAAAAAGUACAUAUAAUAAAAUUUGCGAGAGCAAACAUUGUCCGAGAGGUCAAUCGCGGCAGAACAUUUGUGCGUACACGAGGAAACACGUGCUUGAGCGCGUACUAUUUACAUAUCACUGUGUAUAUAUUGCUAUGUAAAAAAUAUAAGUGUGUUGCGUGUCUCAUAUUGAUUCACCGCGUAUUUUAUAAAAGACUUUUAAAGAGAUCGAACGCGUCUUUAGAAUUACAAUUAAAACUUAUAUCCCGCACCGAAUCGAGAUGAGAUUUAACAUAAGAAGACACGUAAAAUAAAAUAAAAUCGGCAUUAUUAACGAAAGAUAUUUAUUUAGAAUAACAUUAUCAUAUACUAUACCUUAGUUAAAAAAUGCAAUAGAAGUUAUUGUUUGUACAUAAAUACUCAUAGUAACCAUGAAUGAUUGUUAUCAAUAACUAGUAGGUAGUAUACUUCGAUGAGAAAAUACUAUUUAAAUAGAACUUGUAGACGAGCUAGAAAUGUUGUGCUCUCAUUCUUUGUAGCAUAUUUAUAUCAGAUUAAUAAAGAGGACGUAGAGAUAAAUAAUGCACUUCGGAUGAUUGGGGAAUGUGUAUGACGUGUAUAUGUGCGCGCGUGUAUGAAAACUUCUCUUCUUCUACUUUACGUACCUAACUCGCUUUUUUUUUCGUCUCUUAAAAAUUCUGUGUAAUGAUACGCAGAUAUAAAUUUCUAAACGGUACAAAUCGCGGAAUUU